AGCACAGCAAUGAUCGCCAGCAAAGGACACCCUGACUCGCACCCGACAUCCACCGUUGCACUUUCCUCCCCUUUCGCAGUGCUUUUUUUUUGGUUCUUUUUGAGGUUGAAAAGGCUGUGAUUCAAAUACCAUGUGCAUACUCCCUAUGAAUCAUUGAUAACUGGUUAAUACAACGCUUUCGCCUAUCCUCGUGCGUACUUUAUUGUACCAAAGAAUCUCUAGUAAUCUAUUUCAGAUCAUAAAAUAAACACGGGGGUUUGAUAUUACUCCCGAGAAUUAGGCGGGCUACCUUUCAAGGAAAUGAGCGAACAUGAUGAAACACUCACCGAAGAAUCUCCUAUAGAAAGUAAAGAAAGUACAAGCGCUUGUCCAGAGGAAGAUGAUCAGACACGUGACGAUGCUGAUAGUUUGGACGAUGAACCUACUGAGGAAGAAGUGGCACUUGCUAUGCAUUUGUCCACUUCUUCGAACACACUAGAUGGCAAUAGCGUCGGUGUUGAUGGAUCAAAAGAUUGUGAUCAAGAAACUGAAACAGAAGGCGAAGCUCAAUGUCUCGUUUGUGGAUCUGCGAAAGAACCAUAUUUUGUUCAUUUCAAAAAGGCACAGAUCACCGGUAUCACUGCUGGUGAAUAUAUCUGGCGAUAUCGCUGCGGGAAGAAAGAAUGCGGCCAAUUUUUUGGAGAUUUCUACGCUUACGACAGAACAUCCAAUGCCUUCGUGAAAGUAUCAGAAGAUGGUGCAGUUGUGGAGGAUGCAACGACAGAGCAUGAACAUGAAGAGUUGCGUGAUGACAGUGUCAUCAAGGAACAUGAACAGGUACCUGAUGACAGUAUCGUCAAGGAACAUGAACAGGUGGCUGAAUGUGCUACACAGGCAGAUGAAGCUCAAGUGACCGAGCAAGUAUCUGAGACCUCUGUCGAACAAAAACCAGAGGUCUCUGAAGAAAAGCCUGCGGUUCAUGAGGAGAAGUCAGAGAAAGAUCUGCUCGAGGGUACAUCGGUGCAGCAUGCACCUUCUGAAGAAAAACAAGAAGUUGAACAAGUAAAUGGAGAUAUCGUAGGACCAACUAUGACUUCGAGAAGUCGGCGACGACAACGAGUAACAGCACGGAAGAAAACGGCUGUUACCACAAGCACAAGUAAAGCGAAGAGUACACCAGCAUGCAUAGUGGUGGAGCAGUCUGCACCACUUCCUAGAGCUUGCAAGAGCGCUCCUUCUACAAAAGCUUCACCGAAAGCCCCUGCUAAAACUACCGCGAAAGCUCCACCGAAAGCACCAAUGCGAACCGCAAAAUCUCAUAAGCCAACCAAAGCCACAAAAGCGUCGGCACCGAAGCGGCGGAGGGAGAAGGCAUCCGAUCAUGUGGAACUUGCCAACCCGGUCAAGAAAGCGCGCAAAGGUUACGUAUACGAAGCUGUCCCUUCGUUACCUUCGGUCCCUGUCAGCGUCAUAGAAGUGACUCCGUCUAUACCAACUAUGCCAAAAACGAGUGUAGACGAUAGUGCUACGCAAACUCUGGGUAGGACGCAUUAUUUCUCCGCCAUGCUUGAGCAGCUUAUCAAUAGUCAAGCAGAGCUUUGUGCAGGAUCAGCCGUGAACCCUCCAUCCACUUUACCUACUCAUGUGUCUCGUCGCUUGAUGAUUACCCAGAAUCUACUCAAACGACAAUCACAAGAGCUGCAACAGGCUCACGAAGAAAACAAACGACUGGUGUCUCUUGUCGCUCUUAUGAAUUCAGUGAUCAAAAAAUUUAGGGAUGAGUAUACACCUGAGCUACGGAAUCUUCGUGACGCUAUCGGCGUGCUUAAGAGAGAGUUUGCUUUUUACCAAGAAGAGUUCGUGAUAGAAGCUAAAAAGAGUAUUGAUAAUAUUGCAGCGCAGAAAUUGAAAGUUCAACAAAGAAUUGAUGAUAUGGAGAGGAAGCACAUGCUUUUAAACGCCCGAAUAGAUCUCCAUGUCAAAGAAAAAGAGGCUAUCGAAGAACGCGCAGAUGGUUAUCUGAGGGACAUAAGUUCGCGUGAUCGUGACGUUAUUCUUGCAAACAAAGCACGUGAUAGGGCUGAGCGGAAGCUUAAUGACACUCUUUAUGUCGCAAACAAUGCAAAAUGUGCUCACUGUCAAAUCAGUGACAAAAUGCGAAAGCACUUGACUGAUGUGGUGGCUGAGAAAACGGUUCUGCUUGAAAAAUGUCAAAAGGAGUGUCUUGAUGCUAAAAAACGUGCGGAGCAGUCUGAUCGUAUCUCUCACAUACUAUCAAAGGAUAGUGAGAAGUUGAAGUUUGAAUUGAAUAGAUGGAAAUCAGAUGCUGAGCGAAAUAUCACGGAGAUAUCGCGAUUAAAGGAGGAAUUAAGGAAACUGACGAGUACGGUCCCACCAAAUAGCACCUAUGCCCCACAGAGCAGAAUUGAGCCCCAGACACCCAAGGAUAGCCCGCAUACGACUGGUUCAUUGGUCAGUCAUAGCGUAUCCCAAUCGCCCAUAUCACAGUCACCUGCUUACACUGAUCCGAAAAAGCGUAACUCCUCACCAGAUGAGCCAAAGAAGCAACUGCCUUCUGAUGAUGGACCUAUACUGAAACCUCCACCUCCCCCUCCACAAAUGCCAACGCCGCCAGAAGAGACUGAUGCAAUGUUUAAUGCAUGGCUACCAAAGGAACCAAGAAGGGGACACUCCCCUCAAAUCUCGUUUUUCAAUUCCUCUCCUGCUGGAUCGCGACACGAGAACCACCCUUCAAUGCGAAAUCCUUUCAACGGUCCUGUCAUCAGAGAACCUUUCAAUGGUCCGGUCAUUAGGGAUCCCUUCAAUGGUCCCAGAAGAGGUCGCUCUGUCAGCAGAAGUGGUUUUAUGCGUUCGCCUGGAGAGGAUAUGUGGGGAAACGCUGGGGACAGAAAUCAUGAGGUGCUGAGAGAACCAAAUUCACACAGAUUCGGUGAGCCAUCCCAAAGCGUCGGUUCGCGAACACCUACAGAUAAUUUCGCCAAACAUCAUAGCCCUCGACAAGAGGAGCCAUGUCCACGCGAUACAGUGCCAAUGAUAGGAAAAUUACCGUCUAGAAUUACCAAAGCGAAAGCUGGAAAAGUUGAUGACGCUACAAUUUCAAAUGGCGAGAAAAAGGGAACAGUCCCAAACAAUGAGGAAAACGCGACAAUCUCAGACGCCGAGAAAAACGCAACAAUCUCUAAUGGCGAGAAAAACGAGAAAACAUCUGCCUCAGUUCCGCCUGUUGUUGCAGCGCAAAGUAGGAUUGCUGAGCCGAAGGAGAGUAUCAAGAAAGGUAAAGCCAAGAACAAAAACAAGAAGAAGAAGAAAAUGCUUCAUGCGGCACCUUUUGGAUUCCCUAUAAAAACUAUGCAGCCAGGGCCUGCCUUUAAAGCAGCGCCUUUCAAUGGCCCAGCAUCUCAUCUCAAAUCCGGACCCUCCAUCAUCCAAGAAGCUGCACCACAUCCAGCGGAGACGAUACGGACCAGAUUCUCGAGUUCACCGCUUCCUUGGCAUCGGGCAGAAGCCGCUGCUGCUCCCGUUGAAUAUAAUGCUUGGGAACGUGGUUUUCCUCCCUCAUUACCCCAGCCAUUCGAGAGGAGGAGCUUGUUGGAUAGCGAUCUCGUUCCAAACAGACCAUUCAUUCAGAAAACGCGAAGGAACUUUUGGGAACCCUAGCUGCUUGGUUAAAUUGCUCUUCUCAUGUCUUAUUCACAUUAGUUGACUUUUCAUACUAAAUACACAAUGACAACGAUCCUUUGUUUUUCUUUCACUCUUCACGGGUAUAUGUUGCUAGGAUAGAGGAGAUAUUUGGGUUUUUGCUUUCUGCUUGUUACUUUCCUUACAUUUUGUUUUUGUACGCGAUUGUUAGCCCAUUCUCCGUUAAUUUCUGUGGCGUAUUUCUUAUUCUUGUAUCAUUAGUAGCUUUCUGACUCGGUGUGUUCAGAAAGUUCCACUGACUAGUCCCAGUACUUUCACCAACCUUUGCGUCAAAGAAAUCAGCACGUACAUGGAUUUAUUAUGGUUUAAAGAACAUCGUAACUACCUAUUAUCGAAUAAUGUAACUCGUUAUGAUUGAUAAAUUUAUAAAUAAAGAUGCAACUAAUGUAACACAAG